AUGCGACCAGGAACGCUCAAGCUGCGCGGAGACACCCGUCGACCUGAAGCUGGGGUCUUCCCGGAUCUGGAUUCCAAAGGCUACACCGUCGUCAAGGGAGCCAUCCCCGCUGAGCGCGCCGCCGAGUACGUACAGCGCAUGUACGGCUGGCUCGAGAGCUUCAAUCUGGGGUUCAAGGGGAACGACCCGUCUACUUGGCAUAUCGAUCGUGUCCCUUACUUCAACCGCGGCGGGAUCUACACGAGGAAUGGUGCAGGCCACGAGCAGUUCGCUUGGGAUAUCCGAGGCGAGCCUGGAGUCAUCAACGCAUUUGCCAAGAUCUGGGGUACCGACGAGCUGCUAGUCUCUUUUGGUGAGUCCUGCUAUGGGACCAUGCUGAUAGCAGACGCCGUCAACAUCUCCUUGCCUUACCCCAAGGAAGAAAUGGAAGGUCAGCGCGGCAAGCCUUGGCCUCACGUCGACCAGAGCCCAAACAAGCGCUUCAAGAACUGCAUCCAGGGGAUCGCCAAUCUCGAGAAGAACGGACCCGACGACGGCGGGUUGAUGGUCCUCUCCGGCUCGCUCCCCCUCUUCGAGGAGUACUUCAAGGCCAAAGAGGCGUCAGGCGAUGCGCCAGAGUGGAGCUGGCGCGAUGCAGCUUGGUACAGCGACGAUGACCUUCAGUGGUUCUACGACCGAGGGUGUAAGUGGGUCAAGGUGGAGGCGGACCCGGGAGAUCUCAUCCUUUGGGACUCGAGGACGAUCCACUAUGGCGCCAAUGCGCAAGGCUCGAGACCGAGGGUGGCGGCUUAUGUCUGCUAUAAGCCCGCUGCCGAUAUACACCCCGAUAUGAAGGCCGCCAAGCUGCACGCUAUGGAGCACCACAUCUCCACCUCGCACGACCCCUUGCUUUUCCGCAUGACGGGAUCGCAAAUCGAGAAGAAGAUCGCCGAGGACGAGCGGCCUGGACCUAUCGUCAAGCCGGUCUUGACGCAGCGGAUGAAGCGGCUUGCAGGGUUAGUAGACUAUUAG